CAUCAGUUUGUGUAGUCACACGACCGGCUAUAUUUCCGGGAGAGAAGUUGACUGACUGAGGCUGCCGGUGUCAGAAAAUUUAUUUAUUUUUGUUGCUUCACUUGAACCAUCAAAAUGGCGUUGAGCGACGCAGAUGUACAGAAGCAGAUCAAACACAUGAUGGCCUUCAUAGAGCAGGAGGCCAAUGAGAAGGCCGACGAGAUCGACGCCAAGGCUGAAGAAGAGUUCAACAUAGAGAAGGGUCGUCUGGUGCAGCAGCAGCGCGUCAAGAUCAUGGAGCUGUACGAGAGGAAGGAGAAGCAGGUGGAACUGCACAAGAAGAUUCAGAUGUCCAACUUGUUGAACCAGGCCAGACUGAGGGUGCUGAAGGCCCGGGAGGACCACAUCAAGUCUGUGCUGGAGGAGUGCUCAAAGCGACUGGGGCGUGUGACUGAAGACAAGGCCAAGUACCAGAAGGUGUUGGAGGGGCUCAUCUCUCAGGGCCUCUUCCAGCUCCUGGAGACCAACGUCACCAUCAGAUGUAGGGAGGUGGACCGCGACGUCGUCCAGGCUGCCAUCCCCGGUGCAGUCAACAGCUACAAGACAGCUACAAAAGGCAGGGACACGAAGGUGACAGUCGACACGGACAAUUACCUGCCAUCAGACAUUGCUGGAGGGGUGGAGCUUAUUUCACAGUUCAAGUUCAAGGUGGAGAAUACACUGGACAGCCGACUGGAUCUCAUGAGUCAACAGAUGUUGCCUGAACUGAGGGAGAUCCUGUUUGGGAAGAACCCUAACCGUCGCUUUAUGGACUAAACCCCGCCUCAUUUCACUCACUUCAGCAUAUCAACAUUCCAUGUGACAUGGCGAACAAACUACGAAUCUACAUGACAUGUAGCCAUAGAUUAAAGCACUAGUUAUAAUCCAGGGUUAGCAGGUAUGGCAAGGAUUAUCUCCCUUCUUUAGGUUAAUUAUCUCCCCUUGAACACAUGUAAAUCCAUAAUCACAGUGCUCAGACUUUUUUCUGUCUGUCAAACUGUUCUAGUCUUUCUUUAAGAUCGAUUUAUGAAGAAUGAAUGGGAAUUUUGUUUUGGAUGUCGUGUUUAUUAUCAGAGUGAGUAGACAGUCCCCAAAUACUAGGUUUGAUUAAUGGUGCUUGAAUUGAAGUGUGGAAUGUUUAUGUCUAUUUAUCUGAUAUUUCAUCUUUUAUGUCCAAAUACGAAAAGGAACAGAAUACUGUGUACAUAUAUAUUUUCCCUGUAUAUUUGUUUUUUUGAAAUUUGAAAAUACCUGCAUGGGCUGUGAGUUGGCAAGGAUAAGGGCAUGGGGGGUAAAAAAGCAGUGCUAUCAAUGUGUGUUCCUGUGCAUUAGUUUUAAGAGAAAUUGAUACAUUAUUCAUAGGCCUCAAAUUUUGAUUUUAUGUCAUAAUUUUAUGACUUUUACUUUCAUGAAUGUUUCAAGUUUACAAAAUGAAAAUCAUUAUAUAAGGUUGAUGUGCUUUACAUAACCGAUUAAAUGAUCAGCAUUUUCAGGUUGAUCACAGAUCACUUAAAACAUUGUUUGAAAUAUUUGAUAUCUGAUUACAAUCCUUAAAAGUCAUUUCAUAUAGUAUUCAUUUGUGUUUUCUGUUCAUAUGAGCAACGAGCAAUUGUAUCUCAAUUUAGUUGUUUUCCAUGUGUUAUGCCUGUUUAAAAAUGACAAACAAUAGAAAUAUCUUUAUGGAUGAAAAUAAAGUUCAGGAGGUCUCAAAUUGUGGUGAAGGAACUAUGAUAUUACAGAAAUAUGAUAUUAACAAGAGGUUUGAUUGCAGAACUUUGGCUUUAUUCUGAGAAAAUAUUGAAGUAAUUAUGUAUCCAGUAUAACAGUUUCUCUUUACUUUCACUCUGUGGGUCCAGAAUGGCUCUAGGAGGAAUUCCAUAUUAAUAAUUUCAUUAAAAUGUAUUUAGACUGCCUAACAUUCUCCACUUUUGAGGUGUUAUAUGUAUAUAUUUUGAUGCAUUGUUUGAUUUUGUUCGAAGAUAUUGAUUAUCAGAUACAUUUCCUUGUGUAAAAAGCAGUACUUGUUAUUGUUAUUACAUCGGAGAUCUAUAACCUGUUUCCCCAUCACUGUUAAACUGUGUAGACACCUCAUCACUCCCCACAGACUUCACUGUCAUUGCUAAUCAAACUCUUCCAUGAUAUACUUAACAUGAUUAUACACUGCCUUCUAUGUGCACCGGUACGUGGCACCGGCAGUCUGUGGAGGAUAGUGGCAUUCCCUUCAUUAUCCAACUGUGCAGCCACCUUGCAACACAUUAUUCCUGAGUCGGUACUGGGACGACAGUGGAGACGUUUGGUUUGGGGUUACUUUGUGCCAGCAUAAUAGAAUUGCGUCAUAUCUUGCGGAUCUGUAGUGACCAAACAUGUUUACUAAGAGAACAUUUUAAAUUUGACAUGGAAAAAUUUGGCAAUGAAGACAACACAGAAUUUUCUUCGGUAUGUAUGAGAGUACAAUAAGACAUGUUUGAAGACCCUGUUAUAUUAAUUGACAAGCCUCCUUGAGAAGUUUUGGCAGGUCGUCUCUCUUCCAUCCAUUUGAGGAUGGAAUCAUUCUCAACAUGGGAGGAAUUCCACCAAUUUGAUAGCCACUAGAAAAUCAUUUAAAUUCUCCCUGAACCCCCUCGGUAGGACUGUCUGAGAAUGUCCACUGUUGUAUCUGUAAGUAGAGAAGUAGAACACUGUUUCACUGUUUAUGCAGUUCAGAGCACCUGCCAUGUGUUGAUGCAGGUGCAGACAUUUUCCUAUGGUUGUUGUAUUGUGAGUACUGGCGUCGUGGCUUGCACCAUUGGUUGCAAGGGCCUCAUCAUAUUGGCUGUGAUCGGAGUUGGGCAUGGGUCUACGUUAUUGACAACGUAUUAUUAGGCACUGGGACUUUUUUUGUUGACUAGCACUGAGGUAGGCUACAUUGUAUAUUGAGUAUGUAGAGAAGACUGAUACUAUGGAGAAGCUGUAGACCUUGGAAAUAAAGCAUUUCAGGAA